AUGGCGACUACACGGCAUUCGAGAAAGGACGCCCGAAGGACAGUCAAUCUGGACUUUGAGGCGCGCGUACCCAUCCCCUUCAGUGUCUUCCCGUCGUCGUACCGGAGUGACGCUGUCUCUGAGACUACUCAAACCCGAGUAGAAGGAGAGGUCGAAAUCAAUCGCACUUCGCGCGUCAGACGGGAAGAUACUGUUGGUGCUCAACAACUCCCUGACCCCCGUCUCUACGGAAAGGAAGAAGUUGACGUUCGCAUCCGAACCGACGACCGCCGUCCUGCUGCCCGCUUCGAGGAGACCAAAGUCUACGAAGAGCGCGACCGAUACCCCGACUACCCCCAGGUAGAGCUCUCUCGCGAUCGCUACCGCGAACCGAUUGGCCGUUUCGAAGAACAACGUUCUGCUCAGGACAAGGCUUUCGAGUCCCAACUUGACAUCACCGAGCGAGACUUCCGCCGUCGUAUCGAUCCCAGAUACGAAGUAGAUCUCUCUUACGAGCGUCGUUACGAGCCUUCUACUGAAGCUUACCGUCGCGACACCUACGAGGUCACUGACAACCAAGACCGUCGCUACGCCCCUGUCGACGUUUCUGUAACCAAGGAAUCUAUCCGUGAAGAAGCCCCCAAGUCCAAGAUGGGUUACUACGACGACGAAGGUCACUACCACUCUUUCCGCCGCGGUGUCGAGCGCGCUGCCGACCGCCUCCUCCACCCUUUCGAGCACAAGGAAGAGGUCGUUGUCGAGGGUCCUUCUCGCUACCGUGCCGGUGUCCGUGAGGAUGUCCGCGUCGUUGAGCCUCGUGGCGGUGCCUCCAACAAGGAGAGCGUCCCCAUUCCCGUCCACUUCAUCCGUGUUGGUGACUUGCUCGUCCUCCAGGGUCGUCCUUGCCAGGUGAUCCGUAUCUCUGUCUCUCCUCAGACAGGCCAGCACCGCUACUUGGGUGUUGACCUCUUCACCCGCCAGCUUCACGAGGAGUCGAGCUUCGUCUCUAACCCCUCUCCUUCCGUCGUUGUCCAGACCAUGCUUGGUCCUGUCUACAAGACCUACCGUGUGUUGGACAUCCAUGACGAUGGCCGCAUCACCGCCAUGACCGAGACUGGUGACGUCAAGCAGAGUCUCCCUGUUGUUAGCCAAGGUCACCUCUUCCAACGCAUCCGCGACGCCUACAAUGACGGCCGCGGAAGCGUCCGUGCACUCGUCAUCAACGAUGGCGGCCGUGAAUUGGUUGUCGACUACAAGGUCAUCCACGGCUCCAGACUGUAA